CUUUAUUUCUGUUGCCUGGCGUGUCUGUGUAUAUUUUUGCAACUUGAUCCUUUUUGCCCCACCCCCAGAGUUGAGUUGACUUCUGCUAUUUCCGCCCGUUGUCCUCAUAGGCUGACGUCCUGGCGGGGUUACGGUUUAGUUCGCCCCUCUUCCUCCUCCUGGGCUCCCUUUCCCUCUUUAUAGGGAUCUCUGUCAUCCUGGCUCCUCCACUCCGUUUGUCUGCUCCCAGACUUCAAUUUCUCUUAGGCCAGUUUCGGGGAGCCACUUCGCCAGCAACCACUACAUUAAAACCACCUGUAGUUACUAGCCAAACAACCAAGCUACAACCCAUCACCACCGCAACAAUGGCUCCUUCGAAGCUAAAGAAAGUGCCUCAGUCGCCGCCUGUCUUUACUGCAACACCUGACUCGUUGAUUUCUGACACCAAGCGGAUAAUCGGCUCGUCCCGCAAAGUUCAGGAUGCUAUUGCGGCAAAGAUUACCGCUGAAGAGGCCACCUUUGCCAAUGUAGUGUUACCAAUGGCCCGAGAUGAGAACUUAAUGGCGCUUGAAUCGCACAUCAUUGGGUUCUACCAGGCAGUUUCUACCGAUAGCAAACUCCGAGAUGCUUCAGCUGAGGCGGAGAAACUUAUGGAUGAGUUCGCCAUCGAGUCUGCCAUGCGGGAGGAUCUGUUCAAUCUCGUUGCUGCUGCUCUAAAGAAAGGCGAGAAGCUGGAUCCUGAGUCACAGAAAUUGUUGGAAAAGGAACAUAAGGACUACAUACGCAAUGGUCUAGGAAUUCCCGCCGGCCCAAAGCGGGACAGAUUCAAGGAGAUCAAGAAACGGCUGAGCCAAAUUGGGAUUGAAUUCCAAAAGAACCUGAAUGAAGAAAAUGGGGGACUGUGGUUUACAAGAGCUGAACUGGAUGGGGUUCCAGAGGAUGUAUUAUCUGGGUUGAAGAAGGGCGAAGGGGAAAAUGAGGGCAAAGUAAGACUGACCUUUAAGUACCCCGAUCUGUUCCCAACCUUGAAAUAUGCCACCGACUCCGAGACGCGGAAGAAGGUUAUGAUUGCCAACGAGAACAAAUGCAACCAAAACGCCCCGUUGUUUAAAGAAGCUGUCAUCCUGAGAGAUGAAGCGGCACGCUUGCUCGGGUAUCCCAAUCACGCUACUUUUAGGAUUGAGGACAAGAUGGCGAAGACACCUAAGACCGUCGAUGACUUCCUCAGUGAUCUACGUUCUCGACUGAAGCCUGGUGGCGAAAAGGAGCUGGAGGCCCUCAAGGCAUUGAAAAAGGCUGAUAUCACGUCUCGCACUCCAACCCAAUUGUUUGACGGUCGUUAUUACUUGUGGGACCACCGGUUCUACGAUCGAAUGAUGCUGGAAAAGGAAUUUUCCAUUGAUCACCAGUUGAUCGCAGAGUACUUCCCAUUGCAGACUACAAUCCGUGGUAUGCUGAAAAUCUUUGAAGAGCUAUUUGGUCUCGUAUUUGUUGAGAUUACAGGCGGUGAGCGGGAUAAACUCUCCCCAACUGGCAAUGGAAAUGAUAUUGUUUGGCAUGAAGAUGUCCAAUUUUUCAGCGUCUGGGAUGACGAAGGAGAGGGCAGCGGAUUUGUGGGAUAUUUGUAUCUCGAUUUAUUCCCAAGAGAGGGAAAGUAUGGCCAUGCCGCGAACUUCAACCUGCAACCAGGCUUCGUUCAAGAGGAUGGCAGCAGGCGGUAUCCUGCCACAGCCCUGGUGUGCAACUUCUCCAAACCCUCAGCAAAGAAACCUAGUUUGUUGAAGCACGAUGAGGUCGUAACCCUCUUCCAUGAGCUUGGCCACGGAAUUCACGAUCUUGUCUCCAGAACUACAUACUCCCGCUUCCAUGGUACGAAUACCGUCCGUGAUUUCGUUGAAGCACCCAGUCAAAUGCUAGAAAACUGGUGUUGGACGCCCUCACAGAUCAAAUCUCUUAGCACGCACUACUCCUCCCUCUCAGAUGAAUAUUACCAGACCUGGAAGGAAACGGCGGGUGACAAGCCCAAGCCACAGGUAAAGAUUCCUGACGAGCUGAUUACUAACUUGAUCAAUACUAAGCAUGUAAAUGAUGCCCUUUUCAACCUCCGACAACUUCACUUUGGUAUCUUCGACAUGACUGUGCAUGAACCUAAGGACCAUGCGACUAUUGAAACCAUGGAUAUCUCUGGAGUGUAUAACACUCUGCGGAAGGAGAUUUCGCAGCUCGAUGGGCCAGAAGUCCUUGGUAAAGGAUCCGACUGGGGUCAUGGCGAGGCAACAUUCGGACAUCUCAUUGGUGGUUACGAUGCAGGUUACUACGGCUACCUCACUUCCCAAGUUUAUUCUUUGGACAUGUUCUAUUCUGUUUUCAAGAAUGAUCCCAUGAACCCGGAGGCAGGCCGACGAUAUAGACAUGUCGUUCUAGAGCGCGGUGGCAGCCAGGACGAAAUGAAGACUCUCAAGGAAUUCCUUGGCCGCGAACCCAACAUGGAUGCGUUCUAUAAAGAACUUGGCCUAGCCAAUUAACGGGUAGACAAGGAAGCGAUCCCUAUUUCACUGGAUGAAGACGGGAUGACCCUUAAGACAUGGUGUAGUAUGGCGCACAUCGGCAAAUACACAGUUAAGACACUCUUGGGGCUUCCGAGUAGAUAAAUUUAAGAUAUAAAAUGAAACAUGUCUAUUAAUUGUCAUGUUAAA